CAUCAACGGUGCACUGUUUCCACAUCAUAUGUCUUUGGAGAUCUGAAUUACACAGGAAUUGAUUGAUGUCAUAACAAAAUGGAUCCGGGUGGCACAAUGGUGGAACCUCCUGUGCGUCGCCUACCACCCCUUCAAGUCCUCCAUGGUACCCCAGCCCUUGAUCUUGACACCCCGCCACCAUCUCCUGGCACCCCUCAAGGAGAAUUGCUACCCACCAUUGCUACAGCAGCAGCUGCACCGGUACCGACACCAAGACUCAAAACUCGGAACACACCUCAAGGUCUACCGCAGUACUCCAAGGAGGAAAUCUCACAUAGUGUACAGAUCCUUGAAGAAUGCUUUGAGCUCUUGAAGCCACAGAACAGACCUUGCCUCCGUACCCGCGGAAGGGUAUCUUCGGCAUUCAUUCACAACAAGUACAGUGUGUCAAUAGCUCAUCAUUACUCGGAUCUGCAUGCGCUUUUGUUGCAAAGGGCGCGUCUGCAGCUCAUCAGAGACUGCAUGUACAGGGCGUCGCAGCUGCGGGAGCUGGUGACGAGCAUCCAGGGGUUGGUUCUGGCUGAACAGACUACCUUGAAAUCCCUGGAGAAUUGUGAAUGUUCAGACCCGACCACAAAACUAGAGUACUUGCCAAGGCUAUGUGAACACUUACGGAUACAGCUCAAUGAUUGGUCUUCGAUUCAACAUCAGCUGCAUUCGGACAAAUGGUUGCAAUUGCUUCUCCCGCAACUUCGCUUGGACCUUAUGAAUAUGAGCAACACGCUUUAUUACUGGAGAGACUGUGUCCUGUUGUGGUUACAUAGGUUAAUAUACACAGGUAUUCGGGUGCUAGCGUUUAACCAUGCAAGUUCCAUGUCACAAGAACUCUUGUUUAAUGUGGGACGUGGUAUGGAAGAGUUCAAUAGACUGCUAGCAAGACCUAUAGUACUGUUUGAACGUUUUUUGUUCUUGUCAUCAUCAGAAUCAUCAGAAUCAUCAAAUUCAUCAGCACAGAAAAGCCCAUUCUUGGACACAGAGGGCGCUGUUGUCUCCUGUAUGCCCUACACGUGCAAUCGUCUACUGACCAUCUUGGCAAAGGAAAGGUCACGCCCGGUCGCGAUCAGAACACUUAAUUUCCUUACAGCCAACUCCAAAUUGCUCUCUGCUGUCAAAACACCUGGUUUCUUCUUUGACUGGCAGGAGUACUUCAAUAGCUUAUCUGAAAGCUGCCCAGAUGAUACGGACAGUGAGACAGCCUCUGUAUCCUUCGCAUCAAGUAGCCCUGUAUUAAGUGCAAUGUGGGAUCUAAAGGACAACAAAGCUUUGGACCUAUCAGGGAGGAAUUCUCCCCUCAGCCAUGUUGAAAUGUAUGAGGAGGAAUUCAUUGUGAAGCUUCUUGGAGCGGUUGCAACGUCGACCAAUCUCCUGCAGAGACAGGUGGUCAAGACAACCAGGGACAAGCAGGUCGCAGUGGACCGGAAGUCAAAGGCAUCGGGGCCUUCCUCAUCUAGCAAUGGAAGCGGACUUAAGGCCCGGGACACCUCCCAACGGAAGUCAGUCCGAUGGGGCGACUCCCUGACCCAGGGGACCAGGCAACAGCUCUGUGGACUCUAUUUUGAGCAGCUGUGGCAGGAGUUUGGGGCCAACUUGGCAAAUGGACUGCAGCAGGUCCUUUGGAAGUCCAAAGGCAUGGAUCAUGUUGAUGAGGUCUUGGGUCAUGUAUCGCAGGUGGAUGACCUUGCAGCCUUAACAAUAGUUUGGGUCAUGGAGUCAUCUUGUACCAAAGAACAAAAGAAUCGUUUGUCACAAGGUGCUCUCAAGGCUAUGCACAGCCUUGCCACAUCGCUCCAACUCAGGACUGUAUUAGCCGCAUGGGAUAGAGGUAUGUGUGAAGUGUUAGCAUCGAUGCGGUCCGACAAGUGUCUCAUCUCCCACCUCAAGCCCGGUCAGAUGGAGAGCAAGACAUGUCAGCUAUUCCAACGUUCCAUCGUCCCCCUCCUGUGCUUUCUCAAGUCGAUAGAGCAGCACUCUGUUUCCUCCGGUCCUGGACAUCCUAAAGGCAAGAAUGGUCUGAACUUCCUGAUCCAUGGAGCGCAAGCCCAGGUCUCCUACUGCCAGGCUGGGGUGGUCCAGGCUCUGACCAGACUAGCGGUCAGUCUAGGAACCGCUGCCCAGUGGUGCCAGUUCAAGAGCCAGGACUUCCUUGCUAACUGGACGGUGGGCCCAUUCUUGCUCAUAUCAUAUGGGGAUCUAAGGGUGAGUUUUAAAUGUACUGUCAUGUAG